AUGGCAGGCAUUUAUCCAAUCCCAUUUUCUUAUGCUUCUAAUCCUUCAAUUCGCAUUUCAAUUACAAGAAGCAGCAGACCAUCUCCUGCUUUCAAUCCAAGAGCCAUGGCCAAAGAUAUCUUCUUCAACCAUGAUGGUUCAGCUACAAAGAAGCUCCAGGCAGGUGCUGACAUGGUAGCAGAGCUGGUUGGUGUGACUUUGGGUCCAAAAGGAAGGAAUGUGGUGUUGGAGAACAAAUAUGGCCCGCCAAAGAUUGUAAAUGAUGGAGAAACUGUCCUUAAGGAGAUUGAAUUGGAGGAUCCCUUAGAGAAUGUUGGUGCAAAGUUGGUGAGGCAAGCUGGUGCGAAAACCAAUGACCUUGCUGGUGAUGGUACCACCACUUCUAUUAUUCUUGCUCAAGGCCUAAUCACUGAAGGUGUGAAGGUUAUUGCUUCAGGCAUGAAUCCUGUUCAAAUUACACGUGGAAUCGAGAAGACUGCUGAAGCCCUUAUUUCUGAACUCAGGUUGAUGUCCAGAGAGGUUGAAGAUCAUGAACUUGCAGAUGUUGCUGCAGUUAGUGCUGGGAAUGAUUACAUUGUAGGAAAUAUGAUAGCGGAUGCCCUUAGAAGAGUUGGGAAGAAGGGUGUAGUUACAAUUGAGAAAGGGAAAAGCAUUGAGAACAGCAUGCAGGUUGUAGAGGGAAUGCAGUUCGAUCGUGGUUACUUGUCUCCUUACUUUGUUACUGAUCGAGAGAAGAUGGCAGUCGAGUUUCACAACUGCAAGUUGCUUUUGAUUGACCAAAAAAUCUCAAACCCGAAGGAGAUGUUUAAAAUAUUGGACAGUGCAGUCAAAGAGAAGUACCCAAUUGUCAUAGUUGCGGAGGGCAUUGAGCAAGCAGCUUUGGCUCCAAUAAUCAGAAACAAACUGAGGGGUGUGUUGAAGGCAGCUGCUGUUAAAGCACCUGCAUUCGGAGAGCGCAAGAGCCAUUACUUAGAUGAUAUUGCUAUCUUGACCGGAGCUACUGUAAUUAGAGAUGAGGCGGGUGUGACCCUUGAAAAGGCUGGGAAUGAGGUUUUAGGAUCUGCUACGAAGGUGGUGAUAACUAAGGAUUCUACGUUGAUUGUUACUGAUGGAAGCACCCAAGAGGCCGUUAACAAGCGAGUUGCUCAAAUCCGAAGUCUUGUCAAUAACUCGGAAGAAAAUUUUCAAAAGAAGAUACUGAAUGAAAGGAUAGCGAGGCUUUCUGGUGGUAUUGCUAUUGUUCAGGUAGGAGCGCAGACAGAAGUCGAGUUGAAGGAUAAAAAGCUGAGAAUUGAAGAUGCUUUGAAUGCGACUAAGGCAGCCAUUGAGGAGGGAGUUGUGGUUGGCGGUGGCUGUAGUCUAUUAAGGUUGUCGAUGAAGGUGGAUGAUAUUAAGGAGCGCCUAGAUAAUGAAGAGCAGAAGAUUGGAGCCGAUAUCUUCAAAAGGGCUUUAUCUUAUCCUUCAAAAAUGAUAGCAAAAAAUGCAGGUGUAAAUGGCAAUGUCGUUGUAGAAAAGGUCCUGUCUACAGAUGAUAUACGGUACGGAUACAAUGCUGCUAAAGACUGUUAUGAGGAUUUGAUGGCUGCUGGAAUUCUGGACCCAACAAAGGUAGUUAGAUGCUGUUUGCAGCAUGCAGCCUCCGUUGCCAAGAGUUUUCUCACUUCCGAUGUGGUCAUUGUUGAUAACAAGGAACAGGAGCCGGUCCGAAUGAGAAAACCCAUGCCAAGCUCAGGACCCUAUUAUCCCUCCGUAGAAUGUAUUACGAUGCAUUCACUCAUGAGUUCCAUGAAGUCUGCACCAAAACAUCUCAACUAUAGUGACAUUUGGCUAUUGAAUAUGGUGAUCAAGACCAAUGAUUUAGUGGGCCAUACCUAAAGCCAAGGCAUUUGGAUUGCAGCAGCCAUCUGAACAUUGGCUUGAAGGGAGAGCCUUUGGUCCAACAUACAACAAGUGGACAAGUCGAGUUGUCCAAACACCAUGACUACUGAUCUACAUAAGACAUCCAGAUGGCAGACCGCAAGAUCAACAGUCCAGAUUGCCAUACAUCUUUGCCAGGUUUCCAGUGGUAUGGAAAUGCAUUCUCGCAUCCAUACAUUUUUAUAACUUCUCUUCUCAUAC